AUGGAAGCAGCAAAACAAUCCUAUGUAUCAAGGUCAGCACUUACUCAAACUAUGAGACUUAGAAUACACCAUAAAGGGGAUUUGAUAACUCAUCCCAUUACACUGUAUGUUGGUGAGACUUUGACUGAAAUGGAUUGGGAUUGGGAUGUAGAUUAUCUGUCUUAUAUGGAGGUUGAAAAAAUGAUAAAAGAUGUGGGUUACACAAGUAUAAAGUGUCUUUGGUAUUGCCACCCUAGGUUUUUGUUUACUCGUGGGCUUCGACCUUUAAAUAAUGACCAAGAUGUUUUAAGGUUUAUUGAAGAUGUUAAAGGGUUUAAGGUAGUUGAUAUAUAUGUUCAACACGAUGUUGAUAUACCUGAUAUCAUAGAGAGUGAUGAAGGGGCUUAUAUGAAUGAGGCAACUGAUUUGAAUGUGGAGAGUGAGGCAACUAAUGUUAAUGUGGAGAGUGAGGCAGCUAAUGUUAAUGUGGAGAGUGAGGAUGGAACAACUGAUGUCAAUGGGGCUGAACUGAAUGUGGAGAAUGAAGGAGAUGACAAUGAAACUGAUCCGAAUUAUGAGGAAAGUGCUGAAGUUGAUGAGGAAAGUGAUACAUACGAUGGUGAAAGUGAGGAAGUUGAUGAUGAAAGUGAGGAAGGUGAUGAUGAAAGUGUUAUAGAUUGGGCAACAAUUUUUCCCAAUGCACAGUGUGGUGAAAGCUCUUCUAAACAUGUUAUUUCAGAUGAGGAUGAUUGUGAUUCGGAUGAACUGCAUACCCCUCCAGAAAGUGAUAUUGAAGAUGAGAUGCCAAGGUUUCCAGUUUUUAAAGAUACCAUUAAAUUUGAGUUAGGCAUGAAGUUCAAAGACAAAUUGCAAAUUAGAAAUGUUGUGAAGGAAUAUGCAAUGGAACAAAAGAAAAACGGUGUCAUAACCAAGAAUGAUAAGAAGAGGGUAGUGGUAAGAUGCAUGGAUGGCGGCCCCUUUUAUACACGGUUUAGCAUGAGGACUGGAAAUACAUUCUGGCAACUUGUAAGUUUCACUGAGACACAUAGCUGUCAAAGGACACCCAAGAAUAGACAAGCAACUACUGAAUGGUUAGGUCGCAAAUUUAUGUAUAUGUUGAGACACAGUCCCGAGAUGAGAUGUAAAGGCCUAAUUGCAGAAGCCCUUCAAAAAUGGGGUGUUAAGUUGUCAAAAGACUAA